UCUCUGCCGUCCCCAUCCUGCUGCAAGAUCGAUUCAUGUCAUGAGGCAGCGAGUGACGCGCACGCAGACUGGCAGGCACCAAUCAACGAGGGAGCGACGGCGAUCGGAAGGGGGAAGCCGGAGAGGGACUGAGGGCACAGCGAAGGCUCCGGCGAUCGCAGCGCAGGCAGGCAGAGGCACCAGCAGCUGCCCUGCCCUGCGCCGCACAUGCCAUGGGGAUGCAUGCUUGCCCCAUCUGGUACCCUGACCCCGGCGGCAGGCCGGCAGCCUUGCUGAUCGCCCUGCCUGUCCCCUUUUGAUCCCAGUAAAACGUUACUACCAUGCCCCGCUUAGCUUAACACACUGUUCAUGCCGCUCGUCUUCCUUCUCUGGGUCUGGGUUUUCCGCUUCUUCUUUUUUACCACGCCGUGAACGCCACCGCCGCCGUACACGUGCUGCGCGCGAGCUACUUAAACGAGCCACCGCCACCAGCAGCAGGCGGCAGCGGCAGCUCAGCUUGUUGAGCGGAUGCGCAGGAUCCGCUCGACAGCGCGCGCGGGCAAUCACAGAGUCGCAGCACGGGCAUUCAAUUCGCUCGGGCCACCGCCGCGCCUCUUGCGGCCUCCCAUAUCAACCCAGCUCGGAGCUGCCCUCUCGGGGAUCCUUCCGCGCGCGCGCAGCUCGGCGGUGGCGUCGUGGUGAGAUGAGCCGCGCGGUGCAGACGGGCGCGGGCGCGGGCGGGGGCGGCGCGGCGAGGCUCAAGGCGUCGCCGCGGGCGCUCUUCUCCUGCGGGAUCUUCAGCACCUGCACGCACCCGGCGCUCAGCCCGACGGCGACGCCGAACAACAAUGUGGUGCCGGGGAGCGGCGGCUCGGCCACGCCCUGCGCCGAGGCGUCCGCGUCGCCCGUGGUGGAGGCGGCGGCGGCGUCGACGCCGCCGCCGCCGCAGCGGCAGCACCAGCGGGCGCAGAGGAACGUCGGGCCGUCAUCCUCCUCGUCCUCGUCCUCGUCGUCCGCGUCGCAGAGCUUCACGCAGUGGAGGCUGCCGGUGCACCACCCGCCGCAGGCGUCAUCGUCCGCCUCGGCGUCGGCGAGCGGGGCGGGCUCCGGCGGGGACGCGCUGCUGAGCGCGGAGGAGAAAUUUGCGGCGGGGGAGGUGGUGGCGGCGCUGCGGGCGGUCGAGAGGGAGAUGGAGGCGGCGGCGAGGCCGGUCCCGGCGGGGGUGGUGGCCGGGGUGGUCGCCGCGGUGCGGGAGCCGGCGACCGCGAGGCUUGCCGCGAAGGUGCUCCUCGUCGUGCUGCUGGAGGAGGGGAACAGGGAGACCGCGUUGGAGGCCGGCGCGGCGUCGGCGGCCGUGGAGGCGGUGGCGGCGUCCGGGCCGGUGGGCGCCACGGCGGAGCGCGCGCUGGCCGCACUGGAGCUCCUGUGCACGGCCCCCGGCGGCGCUGCGGCGGUGCGGAGGGAGGCACUCGCGGCACCGGUCCUGGCCCGGGCGGUGGAGGGGAUGGCAGGCCGCGGGCGGGAGUGCGCCGUCGGCGUCCUGGCCGCCAUCUACGGGGGCGGAGGAGGAGGCGGCAGCGGCGGCGGCAAGGAGGAUGGGGCGGAGUCACCGCCGCCGCCGGAGGUGGUGAAGGCGGUGGUGGCGGCGAUGCAGGGAGAGUGCAGCGCGCGCGGACGGCGCAAGGGCGCGCAGCUCCUGCGCGCGCUGCAGGAGGCCGGCCGCCUCGGGCUCGCGUGGGACGGCGUCGGCGAUCACUGACACGCGGGCCCCAUCUACCAGCCACCCAGCCUGGCUCCCUCGCUCCGUGGGCCGGUAGUCCCUACUCUCCGGUUACACGCGGGGCCACCGUAGCAGUGACUGGUUCCGAGGCAAUGCAAUUGCAAUGGAUUUGGUAGCUGCUGCGGGGCCGAGGCUACUGAAGCGUGGGCCCGGGGCGAGGACGACGGGCGGGAGCAGUGACUCGGCUUUGGCUGAUGACGCUGGGGGAAACGGUCGGUGGGGUGAUUGAUUUGUGGUCACCUUUUGUAGCCCCCCCACCUGUGAUUUGUACCCGCCUCGCAUCUUUCUCGUGAAAAUUAUCGCUCGCAUGACACGCGUGGCCCACGCCGGUCAAUUCUACCCCGUUUACUUGCUUCAGAAAAUCUAGGCGCCUAUGAUAUUCCAGUGUCCCACUCUAAAUUAGCUUCAGAAGCGAAGCACGUUUAAAUUUUCA